GGAUCAACUCAUUUCCUCCUUUUCCCUCCCUCACUCUCCCUCUCUAAGUCUCCACUUAUUUCCUAACCCUCUCCCUCUUCUCCUCGCCCACCUCCUCCUCCUGUCAGUGUUUGUCCAGUACGUAAGCGGAGGAGGGGGAGGAGCAGGAGCUCUCUCUUCUCCUCUACGUUUCCUCCUCACUUCAGUUGAUCUACAGCAGAUGAAGAUGGAAACUCCUCCACUCCUGCUGCUCCUGCUCCUGCUGCUGCUCCUGCUAUCAGAGUCCUCUGGGACCUGGGACCUGGUGCUGGUGCACACCAACGACGUGCACGCUCACGUGGAGGAGAGCAACCGGUACUUUGGAAAGUGCAGCGGCUCAGAGUGCUACGGUGGCGUGGCCCGCAGAGCCACAGCUCUGAAGAAGAUCCGCUCCUCUGAGGAGAACGUUCUGCUCCUGGACGCCGGAGACCAGUUCACAGGAACCAUCUGGUUCAACCACUACAAAGGCACCGAGGCGGCGCGGUUCAUGAACGCAAUGAGCUACGACGCCAUGGCCAUAGGGAACCACGAGUUUGACAACGGUGUUGAGGGACUCAAGCCUUUCCUAAAACAAACCCAGUUUCCGGUUCUCAGCGCUAACAUCAGAACUGACCAAACUUUGGCCGCGACCUUUGGGACCAUGUACAGACCGUACACCAUCUUGACUGUGGGCGGUCAGAAAGUGGGCGUGGUUGGCUACACCUCCCAGGACACGCCCUCUCUGUCCAAUACAGGAUCGCACCUGACGUUUGAGGAGGAGGUCGCCGCCCUGCAGGUGAAUGUGGACAAACUGCUCACACUGGGUGUCAACAAGAUCAUCGCCCUGGGUCACUCUGGCUUCAUCAAGGACCAGGAGAUCGCUCAGAAGGUCCAGGGUGUGGACGUGGUGGUGGGAGGACACAGCCACACCUUCCUCUACACAGGAACUCCUCCCUCCUUUGAGAAGCCAAUAGGUUCGUAUCCUGUCAUGGUGCAGUCGGAUGAUGGACGCCAGGUCCCUGUGGUCCAGGCUUAUCGCUUCGGAAAGUACCUGGGUUAUCUGAAAGUGACCUUUGACGAAGCUGGCAACGUUUUGACAUCAACAGGGAACCCCAUCCUGCUGGACAACAGUAUCCCACAGGAUCCAGAUAUUUUUGCCGAAGUAAAUCAGUUGAAGGAGAAUUUGGCCAAAUACACUCUUCAGGUGAUCGGAAAAACGUAUGUUCUUCUGAAUGGGCUCAUGGAGAACUGUCGUUUCAAGGAGUGUAAUCUGGGAAAUCUGAUCUGCGAUGCUGUGGUUGACUACUACGUGAGAUAUUCAGGCGGGGAUCAUUGGAACAUUGUCAGCGCCUGCAUCAUGAACGCAGGUGGAAUCCGAGCGUCGAUAGAAGAGCGCAGCAGAAACGGUACCAUCACCUUUGAUGACCUCAGUGCUGUCCUCCCCUUCAGAGGAAGCUUUGACCUGGUGCAGCUGAAGGGCUCCACCUUGAGGAAGGCCUUCGAACACUCGGUGAAGAAAUACGGACUGGGCACAGGGGAAUUCCUGCAAGUGUCAGGGAUUCAGGUGGAGUUUGACAUGACCAGACCUCCAGGGAGUCGCGUCAGGAGCCUCAGCAUCCUCUGCACCAAAUGCCGUGUCCCUCGCUAUGAAGCAGUGGAGGACGGUUCUGUUUACAUGGUGCUGAUGACAUCAUACAUGGUAGAUGGUGGCGAUGGGUAUGACAUGAUCCAGGAGGAGAUGCUCAAACACACCAGUGGUGACCUGGACAUAUCCAUCGUCUCUGCCUUCAUCUCACAGAGAAAGGGCGUUUAUCCGUCGCUGGACGGACGGAUAAAGAUCCACAACUCGGCCUCUGGACUGCAGGGACGGAUGGCUCUACUGGUUUUAACCGCUCUGUGGACGCUGGUCUGAAUCAAGUAAGAGGGGCUCCCCCUGGAGGACGCAGGGAGACUGUUGAAUGAGCGCUACCUGGUUCUGAACUCUUAGCUAGCAUCUUUGUUUUGUACAGAGACACCGCAGAAAUGUUUUGUAUAAGCUGUGAUUGGCUGUCACUGUAAUAGACAGCGAUGACACACUUCCUGUUGGUAUUUGAUGGUUACAGAAUUAGCCUUGUAGAAUUAGCAUUGCACUUGUCAAACCUCAGAAUGCUACCGACAGUGUGCUCACUGGUUCAGGUUACCUUUGCGUUGUGGUGUCAUAGGCUAACACCUGCAGGCUAUCAUUAGCAUUUAGUAUUUGUCCACAGUAAAGGUGUUAACAUGUGGGAGAAGCUAACAUUAUGUUAAAAAAAACACAACCAGAAAUGUUGAAAUUCAGAGCUAACAUCCUGCUGUUAAGCCCCGAGCGUUUACCAUAAUAAUAGGCAAAGAGUUAGCCUCGCCAGGAGGUGGCGAUAAUGGGUUUUUAAAAAAUGGAAAUUGUGGGUGAAUAAGUUUUGUUAUUGUUUUAGAAUUUUAUAAAUGUAAAGUGCAAACACCUGAGGGUUGUGUCUGUUACUGUCACACAAAUAUCAUCACUAGGAAAUAAAGGUUGAAGGUUUA